AGUGCGCGUUAGACUUUACGUAAGUGCGGUUUGUGUGCGCGACGAUGGCAGAAGUGGCUGUCGCGGCCUUUAUCGCGAGCAAACGUCGUAGUAUUUUUCAUCGCCAUGCUGCCGCCCACUUUUAGAGGUAUACUGAACCAUGGGCUGUGUGAAGCCUUGACACUCAUUCGGCGCGGGAUGCGUGCGUGCGCGGGCCUUGUUUAUCUUCGAUUUUUUCGCGUCGCUCUGCCGGCGCUUGGGCUUUUAGGUUAGAUUUUGAGGGAGGGUUCGCCGUACGUGCUGCUGGUGGUGCACGCCAGUGCUUUCAAAAUACGCGAUUAAUGAUUCGAUGCUUUUAAGCACAGUACUUGUUUUUUUUUUUAAUGCGAGUGCGGUUGUGUAAGGUAUCAAUGAUAAUUGCUAUCGGCGCACCUGUAUGGUAAUGACUGUUUUUUAAAAAAAAAAAAAAAAAAAAAAAAAAAAAAAUGAAAACAAAUGCCAUACUGAACGUCGGAUCGUUUAGUUAUGUAAAUAUCAGAAUGUUUUGCGAGAAGUUUGUUUUUUGUGGUAUAUUCGCGACAUCCUCCCGACCCAAUCUAAGACAAUUGUGGGGUGUGGCUUUUCUAAACUAUAAAAUUAUGCUGUACCUGAAAUAGUAACGUGACCAAGUACCACCACAAUCAACAAGCUUAGUGAGUUGCGCAGGUCUGAGAAUAAGAUGGCUGGUUUGCUGGAACAUCGAGACAAUCAUAUUUUAUCCCAAUUCAAAUUAAAGCCAAAUUUAACGCCUAGAGCACCAACACCACCUCAGUCUGAUGGUAACGAAGUGGAUGAUGCUGGAAGUAUGGAUUACAGGUUCGAAGAAGUGAGACUGCAGAGCUUCGAGAACUGGCCGUCCCCGUACAUACGUCCGGCCGACCUGGCCGCCGCGGGAUUCUACUAUACGAAGCAGAUCGACAGGGUGCGAUGCUUCGAGUGCUCCACGGAGAUCUGUCGAUGGGAGGACGGUGAUGAUCCGAUGGUCGAGCACCAGCGCUGGGGCGGACGAUGCCGCUUCAUACGGAAGCUGCCCUGCGGCAACGUGCCGAUCGGGGCCGACGCGAGUAUGAUACCCUUGCCCCGGCCACGUAGCAGGGACGUCUGUGGUCCCUACAGGCUGGACUACCGGCUAGGUGCCGAAGCCGACACCCACGCCUCGUCGAGCGGCUCGAAGCACGGCAGACAGUCGCUGCACGAGGCGCAGGACGCGCAGCAGCUGCCAUCCGCGGCGAGGUUGGGCUGUCUCGGCAUCGGCAUCGCCAAGAGGCCCGACUUUCCGGACUAUGCGAGCUACGAGGCCAGGUUGCAAACCUUCACCGAGUGGCCGACAUCCAUGGCCCAAACGAGGGAACAGCUCGCCGAUGCCGGUUUCUUCUAUACCGGUACCGGCGAUCAAACCACUUGUUAUCACUGCGGGGGUGGGCUGAAAAACUGGGAGCCGCAGGACGACCCCUGGGUGCAGCACGCCAAGUGGUUCUCCACGUGUUUCUACGUUAGGCUCGUCAAGGGACAAGAGUUCAUCAACAACGUCACCGGCAAGCACGUACCACCGCUAUCCGAGGAGGAAACCAUGCGAAUGAAUCUACCGAGUUGCAUCAAGAAGGUCGAGUCUCCGGUGCCUCAGAAGCGCGAGGCUAAGGAGGAAACGGCGCAAGAGCCGCAGCAGUCGGAGCCGAGCGAAAGUACAGCAGGACCAAGUAGUAGCGAGUGCCCAAGCCCUAAGCCCCGGACAAUCAAUGAGCCCCAGAAGGAGCUCGUACCCGCUUCCUCGACGAAUAGUAACAGUAGCAUCAGUAGCGGUAGCGGUAGCGCCAGCGCGAAUGCCGUAGACGAGCACCAAGAGCACCAAGAGCAGCAACAGCAACAGCAACAGCAACAACAACAGCAACAACAGCCGAACGAAAAGAAGUCGAUCGAUGACGCGCGCGUCUGCAAGAUUUGCUACAACGAAGAGCUCGGGGUCGUAUUUUUGCCUUGCGGCCACAUGGUCGCGUGCGUCAAGUGCGCCCCGGGCAUGACGACGUGCGCCGUGUGCCGCGAGCCCGUCGCCAUGACCGUACGCGCCUUCUUCUCUUAGUGCGUCGUCCCACGUGGACAUAAGCGCCUGCAAAACGUCGCACGUGGCUCACGUCGCGCGCCGCGCUUCCCAGACCCCGUCGCCGUCGUCUCCUGUCGUGACAAGUGCUGUAGCGCGCCAUGAUCUCGACCGGGCUGACGACACUGUUACGCGCGCGACGCCCGGGCUGAUUAUGACAUGACAUGACUCAUGCGCCUCAUCUGCUGGAAACUAUAAACAUGAAAGUGACGAGCAGUCGCUCCUUUUUCCCUCGGUAUUAUUUUUUACUCUCCUUUGCUCUUACUUUCGUUUUUUCUU